AUGCACCACAUCGCCCCCGACAACAUCGACAAUGAAAACGACGACACCGUUGAACUACGACGCCGUCACAACGAUCUCGCACCCAUCUCUCGUCUGCCCUUCUCCGUCCUCACGUCCAUCUUCCUAUUCUUUCCCGCUGCCGAUCUCGAAAGCGUACUGUACGAACCCGACGAGUACGGCGACAUAUUACCAGACGACGAGGCCUAUCCUACCUGGCUUUCUAUCACUCACGUAUGUCAUCUGUGGCGCGAGGCAGCCCUUGAUUGCGCGUUGUUAUGGACGGACAUCAUGUUCUAUCGGGGCCCAGAGUGGAGGCACAUUUCCUUUGAGCGCUCCAAAUCUGCCCCGUUAACCAUCGCUCUACAUAGCGAUUUCGACGACGACGUGGGUGAUGUAUUUUAUGAGGAAAGACUCGAAGCGGUUCUUCCUCACCUCAAUCAUAUCAAGACGCUCGAAAUCGACCUGAUAAGCUUCAUCUUCACGGAGCUCGUUUCCAGUAUUCACCGAAUACCUCAGCUACCUAUGCUCGAGUAUUUGUGGCUCGAAGACUUAUCUGAAGGGACGUGUCAGAUCCCUGACGAUCUUUUUUCUGGACGUUGCCCUCAACUGCGAGUGCUCAAACUGUAUGACUGCACUUUCCCGUGGACGAGUCGCAUGUUUCGGCUGGACUUGAUCACGCUGGUCCUCGAGGUCGAUCUGAAUGUGGCCUCUCGGCCCACACCAGAUGAGUUGUUCACGAUUCUGCGACAAUUGCCCUCCCUCGAAUCCCUCGACCUCAGCUUCACGUUUCCGGAAGAGAGACACCACGACAUCGUCUACAACGAUUGGACGACGUCGUCCGUACACCACAAUCCAGUCAACAUGCCCAAUCUGUUGUAUCUACGUAGCAGCGAUGCGCCAUUGCCACUCGCGAAACUCAUGGAGUCUCUCGUCCUACCCGCCGAAACAAAAGUUGAGCUGGAAUGCUACUGGCACAGUGGCGAUUCGUACCCGGACGAGGUCGAUACGUUACUCCAGGUCAUCAGUACUCGCCACGAUCAAGUCGCAUCCAGUGAUGAUGAUACUCACCUUGCUAUCUCAUGGAAAACAGACGUUCGCGACUUGCUAGUCAACACGAGCAUAUGUCGCGCUGGAGUCGACGAUCCUUACAAUAACCUGCAAUUGCGGAUCAAUUUCAGUUCUCACGUCAGUACCCACCAGCGCGCAUGGAACUUCAGUCUGGUGCAUUCUCUGAAGGUGUUCCGAUUAGAGACGUUCACUGCGGUUUCUCUCACGGGCGAUCGCACGAUCCACCCGAGCGACGCAAAUGCGAUAUUCUCGACCAUGCAGCGCAUUCGAUAUCUAAAUCUCGUGGGCAAGAUUGCACAUACUUUUGUGGAAGCAUGGCAUGACCACCUGCAGUCCCUACACACGCCAAGCACAGAUGAAAAUCAAUCCAUGUACUCGCCACGAUCCACAGCCCUCCCCGCGCUCGUCAUCCUUCGGAUUUUCCUCCCGCCCGCGCCAUUCAUCGAGUUGCACAGUAGCCUCCUGAUCACGCUCUUUGGCAAGAGAUCGGAUCUGUUCCCUGACUUGGAUCCCGUCGAGAUAUUCUUCCUCGAUACCUCUCUCAUGGACGACGAAAUUCGAGAAAUUGAAGCUGCAAAAGGUGUCAGAUGUGUUACAUCGGAGUUUACCUCCGGAUUUAGAAGAUGAUUACCGUCGAGCUGGGUGGCUAUCUGGUGGAGCCCGGUCAUUCAGGGAGGUAAGAGCUGUUUGUGUCGAAUUUUGUCUGUUUAUCUAGCGAUCGUAUUUUCUUUGCAUAUUGUGUCUGAUAAAUAUAAAUGAUACGCCCGAGUCAGGAUAUGUUCGAGUGUGGCGAGGUCGAACUAGUAAAUACCUAC